CCCAACAUCACUUCAUUCUGAAUUGAAAAUGGCGUUUCAAAUAUUUGUUAGAGGUCUUGAAGGAAAGACGACUACGUAUAAUGAUAUUACGUCGGAAACCAAAAUUAAAGAUAUUAAGAAAAAGGUGAAAGAAAAGAUAGGUAUAGAUGUUAACGAGCAACGACUCAUUUUUGUCGGAAAGCAACUUGAAGAUGAUAAAACAGCAGGGCACUAUAAUAUAGUGAAAAGCUCUACACUUCACUUGGUCGUUCGUGAAAAACGUCACGAUUCAAAAAAAGACGUUGAGCUAACCACUGAUCCUGACAUGAUCACUCUUGAUGAUGACCCAAAAAACUUACGUGCAAAGAUGCCAUGUGGCCACGCUAUUGGUGCUGAAUCCCUGACUGCAUAUUGCAGAUCACUUGUUAGCGAAGGAAAAUUUCAAUUUUAUUGUCCGUAUAUCGACCCGACAAGCAAUGAUCGCUGUUAUUCGGAAUGGCAAUACGCAGACAUCCUCAGGAUAGGUCUGCUUAAUGACGAAGAACGUGAAUAUUUUGAGACUAAAAUUAGCGAAAAUUAUUCUUUUCGCGCUCUUGGAGUUCAAGAAUGUCCUCAGUGCUCCACAUUUUGUGAAAGAAUCGAUAAAAAUCGAUCAUCAGUAAUUUGCAUAAUAUGCUCAAGAAAACCGGGAGCCAAAGAAUUCGCAUUUUGUUGGUACUGCUUGCAUGAAGUUAAAAGUAAAAAUAGUUAUCGUUGUGAUAACAAUCUCUGUGAAGGUAUUGAUCCACGUCUAGUCAUUCUCAAAAAUGCGGCCAAAAAGGAAAUAGGAAAUAUAUCUGGUGUACCAUCUCUCCGCGCAUGCCCGAAAAGUGGUACAAUUAUCGAACAUGAAUCACGUUGCAAGCAUAUGAGAUGUCCUUGCGGUCAAGAAUUUUGCUUGCGUAAUCGAGAAACGGGAGCAUGGCCAUGUGGUGCAUACAACAGUGUAUGCAAUAUCGCACCCUUACAGACCACUCUUCCAAAUUAA